AUGAGUAUUGAUAGUGUGUCAGUCACAGGCAAUCAGACCAUAAUCGCUUCCAAACCAGGCACAACGUCCGACUUGUCGAGUUUCGAUGUUGCACCGAUCGAAGCACAAACUGACUCUGGAACACUAUCCACUACUUCAAUAACUGAACCGUUCGAUACAUCUUCAGCGUCUGCAAUAGACAUAACCUCCUCGGUCUUGACUACCUCGACCGGUAUUGUCGAAUCACCAGGACGAUCUGUCAUCUUCCUCAUCCAGGCAUCUGGUAAUCAGAAACGGGAUGUUAAGAAACGGGAAGCCGAAGGCUUUGUUGUUGCUGACAAUCCGGAUGUUUGUACCUUUGCCUUAACUUUCAAUCUGGCUAAAAGCCAGCUCUGUGUUGGCGGUUUACCAACGUUUUACGCUGGUGAGGAUUACAAAGCACUGAAUGUCCAAGAUGAGGGCUUUUUUAUACAGGGCGCCAUUACGAAUACCUUUGGAACUUCGGGUCGAAAUGUCAUUUUCAGGAAUUCGGGCCUACCAAAUGGCGAGGCAGGCUUCAAUCAGGGCUCUAGUGGUCAAUUGUACGUCACUUUUAAUGCUAGUCCUCCUGAAUGUAUCCUAGUGACUCUGGGUGUCUAUGACAUCACACAAUGCCAAAAUGGUCGGCUUGUGGGUUUCGGGACUUCGACUUCUGCUUUGGCGAGCUCCACUAAGGCAAGCACUGCUGAAAGUACCAGUUCUGGAAUUUUCAGUUGCGGAGAGUCUACAAUAGCAGACACAGCCGUACCUACAGAGUUCAAUUCUCUUACCUCUGAUGAACCAAGCAUUACUAUUCUUGAAACCUCUGGUUCUGAAGCUCCUAUCACUGCUUGA